AUGCUGGCUCACUUUGUAGCCGAGCUUCUAUCUGGAACGCUGGGUCAGUAUGUAAAGAUCGAUGAACGCCAAAUCUCUGUGGGUAUAUGGUCCGGUCAGCUGGAGCUUCACGAGCUCCAGCUGGUACCUGAAGCUGUACAGGUGCUCUUCGAACGGGCUUGUGGGAGCGCUCCCUUCCAUGUCCGUUCUGGUUAUAUUGGUCGAGUAUGCGUUGAAGUGCCUUGGAAAACCCUGAGUUGGUCGCAACCCCUGCGCAUUCAAAUUGAAGACGUGUGCGUUCAGCUUGCGGCGCUACCGCCGGAUUCCUGCUCGACCGAAGCAGCUACUCGGAGCCAACGGAUGCAGUUGGCAGAGCUAGCAACAGACGCAUCCUUGCGGGAAGCGCAGCUCCGAGCUUGGCUCAUGGUAUUGCGCGAGGCAGCUUCAGAGGCUGAGAACGAAAUAGCCGCUAGGUUAGCCUCGGCUGCGCGAGCGCUCGCGGUUGAUCCGAAAUCGAAUAACACCAACAUCUCCGGUUGGCGGAAAAGACUCCUUCGUCAAGUCGUUGCAAACAUGCAGGUGCAAGUUGGGAAUAUAUGGGUUAUUUUCGGUAUGGACGCGUCUGAGAGCGGCUCGUGCACCUCGCGAGGCGUGCAGCGUUCUGCAACCGGUGACGCCGACAACCGCUGCACGAACGGCAGCGGUGCCUCUGCGGCAGCGGCCAGCGAGGACCCAGCGCGUUCACGAUUGGGAACGGUGCUGGAACCCAGAGAGGUGGAUGCAGGGACUCGGGGGGUGAACGCACCAGCACCAGAGUCGAAACAAUCGAACGCUGCCGCAGAGACGGACGCACCAUUUUCCGUACAGUGUAACGAAUGUGCACCAGAAAUUACCCAUGAGGCAUCGGAAGACUCGUUCACGAACGUCCUGGAUAUCGAAGCCAAGGCGGGAAGCACGCCAAUAGGCGGACAACGCUCUGAAAACAUCCAUGUUGACAGAACAGACGGCAAGAGCGUCCGUGGUGCCGCGCGAAGACCAGACCAGCGUAGCGACGAGCUGCUGGAGCUUGCCAGCGCGCUUCUCGAUGUAGAAUACUCGCCAGACGCUACGACGAGAGCGGUGACUCCCGAAGCGCACAGUUCUAGCACUGAACAGGGACGGUGCGAUGCCUUGCAUCCUGUAGCGCGGAACCUGUCUUACGCGGUACCUCCGGAGCCGGACGCUCGUCCAGACGACUUCUUGGACGCGUUCUCAGCUGUCGCUCAGGAUGCGCGAACAACACCGGCAAGUUGCCGAGCAGCUGCCGGCGCCCAGGCGGUGCACCCGCACCAGUCCCAAGAACAUAUCAUCGCACUGCACCUGUACCUCAAAGCAUUCGAAAUAGCUCCGAUCGUAGAUGCGUCGGGAGCCCCAGACACGUCGACCGUAGACUCGGACGUUCUCGCGAAACGCGUUGCAUUUUCUGGUCUUAUGCUGUUGGCUGCGUGUGGUCUGAACGAGCUGAAUCGGCCGCUCUUGAGUCACGAACCGCCGACGUCAUCGCAACUCUCUGACGUCUGGGGCCUCUUCGAACAGGUUCGGACGCAGUCGCAAUCGGCGGAAGCGUCUGCAAUGCUGUCGCUGGUUCUGGCGCCCCUGGAGAUAACCAUGCACUUGCGUCUCACUGGCGGGUUGCUCUCGCUCACCAAUAGCGAUCCCAGAUCGGUAUCGCAGCUGAACAUCCACAUUUCCGCCGUCAAGUGGCAUCUGGAGCGCGAGCUCCUUGAGCAGCUUAGCCAAGUGAUCCACCGGUGGACUCGCUGCGCCCCCCUGAACAGAUCCCGAGGAGCAUCGAGCCCUCGUACUCGCUGGUACGAUACCCUCGAAGCAAUUCGACCCGGUUUUUGGCUCCGUCAGCGAUCAUCUAAGAUGAGAAGGCCCGAAAUCGUCCGUCGACGAAGAAAAGAACGCGAACAGUACGUCACCACUCGGUAUCAGUCGCUCCUGAAUCGCCUUCUGAGUCCUUCAGAUCCACUAUGGGCACACAUCGAGCGCAAAGAGACCAACCCGGAGCUGUUGACGCUCCUCGAGCACAAACUCAAUCUCGAAACGAUUCUAUUUUACCGCCAUCUGGCUGAUCUGCAGGUGCUAUGGCGACUGCGCAGCGCAUGGCCUGCGAGCACCGCCCCGGCGGCGGCGGCGUAUCCGGGAGCGCCCCCCGAUACGAGCACGCACCCGAUGCGUGAUCGCCGCGGAGAGGCGCUCACCCAGGUGACGUGUCCCGUUGACUCGACACGCAUGCUGGGCGACGCGCUGCAUCACGUACCAGCUGCGAUCGCUGCUGCGGAUGCGCGCGCACAAGGCACGCGCAACGCCGCCGCCGCCGCCGCCGCCGCCGCCGCCGCCGCACCAGCAGGCCUUUCAACGGUGGCCGGCUCUGGGAGCGAUGGUGCAGCUGGGGUUCAUCCCAGAAGCGCGGCUAGUGAUCGGCCCGAUGAAUCGUCUCGCUGGCCGCUUCGGCUGAUGAAGCGUCUGCGCUUAGCCUGGGCUUCGACUGCACGUCCACCGGCUUCAGGGACGGUCGUCCGCGAUACAAUCCAUUCGAGAAUCUCCGAUGUCGAGGCCAGCACUGAUGCAGAGCAUCGUUCGGGAGGGAAUGCGGAUUGCACAGCGCACUUUUCCUCGGCGACGGCAGCAAAGGCUACAGGCGCGCUGCCCAGCGAUGUUGCUACGCGGGCGUGUGUCGGCAUGGUGGCUGUGAAUCGAAGCACCUCGACGCUCUGGAUGCCGUCUGUGAGUCCGUGGCAUGUUGCGCGCUGGGCGGAGCUCUGUGGAUACGACUACCCGCCAGUGACGAGUGCGGACGUUUUGACGUUUGCGUGCAGCACGGCAAUGUGGCCGUUGAGCGGUUCGCAUGGGAUGUGCACGGACCGGAGCGACAUGCCAGGGGCUUUAGCAGCAGCUCGACGCGCGUCAAACGAGUACUCGUUGCCACCGGCGACUGCAGAGGAGGGCGCCGAGCCGUCCGCAACGGAAACGGCAUCGACGACUGGUCGCCUUUGGGAGCUAACCAUUCGUCUAGAAAUGUUUCAGGGCGAGCUCUGGGAGGCCGCUGCGAACGGAACAGGCCUCAUUUUGACAGCACAGGGCCUGGAGGGCACCUUCCGGGCACCGGAUACCGGCAAUCUUAGACUGCAAACCUGUCACCUGGACUUUAUCCAGGGCAAGGAGCGCUGGGUGCUGCUUCAAUGGCAGCAAUCGACUUGCAGCACGCUGGAGAGUUUGUAUUCGAAUCGAUCACAUGCGGCGGUAGAACCUGCUCCAAGAGGAGUCAAAGCGGCAGCGACAACAAGUGCAGCACCAGUAGGCUCACUAGGUCCAGAGCCCGAAGCUGAAACAGCAUCUUCUGCAGCAGCGGAAGCGGAAGCGUUAAGCACUGCUCGCACCGACGCUGGACCGGUUCUGCAGGUGCGGAUGCAACGACGCCGGUUGCCGCCUCUGGACGCAUUUCGAGAGUCAGGGGUUCUUGGUGGCUCAUCUGUACAGGACGGAGGUGAAAACUUCAGCUCUUCGUCGUCGUCGUCGUCUUCUGCCGAGACACCAAACGAUGCAACGCCAACAACUAACGAGUCUUGGAAACGCGCUUUGCAGGUCUCACGGGGUAUCUUCGCAGCGGAGCUGCUCGAGGAGCCCGACCUACGUGUCGCAGGCGGCUGGGCCGAGUCCGCGAUGUUGACUCCAAAAAGUAGCUGGUUGUUCCAGGUGGUGCUCCAAGCCCCAGAACUCCGUCUCUAUGGACAGGCACCGCUCGUCGAAUGGAUACAACGUUGGCGACUUUUGGGCAGGUCCUUGGUGUCGCUCGAGGAGACGUCCAGACGUCGUUUUAGGUGCAGGCGUGCAAGUCGAGUGCAGCCUCAUGUGGAAAUGAAGCCUUGGAUUGACGUUACCUGCCGGAUAGAGAGGCCAUCGCUCUCGGUUUGGGAAGCGAAACCGCGGGCGGCGCUGCCGGAGAAACCACUGCUGCGCCUCAGCAUCGAGAGCGUGACGCUUGAGAGCGGUGCAUCGGCACAAGCUACAUCGAAGAUUGCGGCAAAGUCCAUGGAAAAUAGCUCUGCAGCACCACUGAAUUGCCAGGAAGCAGCACUGUCCUCUGCAGCGACUGGACUGGGAUCGCGGCGGCAAGAAUGGCGUUGCGUUUUCGAAGCGCUUCUGUUGCAACAUCGACACCAGCAUCCAGACCAGUCGCUGUUGACGCUGACUCGCGUCGCAGUCAGUUGGCUUAACCGAGGUGCGCACACCGCGGCAACGCGCACGACUCACCCGUUCGGCUCGUUUUCACUGCCGAUGUUUUCGUCGUCACCGUCGUCUUGGAGAGUCUCCGGUCGAUCCGGUACCGACGUCGACGGUGGCAUUGUCGAUACCUGCUUCCUGGUGCUGGAAACGUGGCAGAUUCACUUGACACCAGCCGCUCUGGAGGCACUCGAGACCACUGCUCUGUCGCUACGUUGCGCUCAGUCAGUAUCCACAAGUGGAUGCGCCAUGACAACGAUCUCGCAAACGCCCACGAGCACUGCAGCCCGGCACGCUGCUGAGCAUCCGGAGAAGCAGGCCGAGUCGCAGACGUCCCGUUCCAUUCACAGCCGAGGAUGGCGCGCUUCAGCACAACGGACUGGGCUCUCGUUGAACGCGCUCAGCGGCACGCAACGGAGACGUCGCCGGACGCAUAUAAAUGCGCAGCUCGCUCGGGGCAAAGUGUACCUGCAUCUUUUGGACAACCAAGCGACGACGAUAUCCGCGUAUGAGUGUAUUCUGGAACCGGUGCGGCUUCGAGCUGACUUGGACGUUGCCAUUCCCGAGUCGACCUGGCUCAGUGGCCAGCAUACCGGUGCACUGAACCGGGUAGCCAGGGUCCGUGAGAGCGACCACAAGCUUCAUGUGUAUUGGGAACUCGACACUGCAGGAUUGUGCUUCCUGGGUCCAGUUCGGAGCGGUUAUUUGCGGCUCGAGGGCAUGCACUGUUCAGGCGCAUGGCGAGACUCGCGUGAGCAUCCCGGAUCGGGAGUCUUGGAGGUCGGCAUCCAGCUGCGGACGCUUGCAACCAAUAUGAACGGCGAAGAUGGGUAUCGCCUCGCGGGUGCUUUCCGGCGUCGUUGCGGACUGGAGCGUUCGGAUACCGUGGAAGCUUUCCCAACGGAAGCAAACUGGAGUCAGCAGCAGCAGCAGCAGCAGCAGCAAGACCUGCAACGAUCAGCGUCUGGGCAGGUGUUGGCGAACAAGCGCGCUCCGCGUCGCCAACUGGAGCGUCAGCCGAUGCAUGGAUCCGAGGCGUCACUGACAAGUGCAUCGGUUGCAGCUCUAGGUGCUACUCGUGAACUUUAUUCCAGUCCACAGAAGGUGUCGAUGGCCGCUCGUGGUGCCAGCAGCGGAGCGGCUGCCUCGAUCGGUAGUUCAUCGACGACACCGGGCGCGUAUGCCGACACCAUCCCAAGAGAAGAUGAAGUAGAAGAUGGAGAAUAUCAAGACACGGACGUUGCGGGUUCCUCUCUCUUUCGCUUUAUCCAGAUACGUUGUGACGUCACAGAUAUGGUGCGUGUUCACGGAAGCAAACAAGAGGCUCCGGUCGUGCGACUCGAGGCUCGUGGCUUCACGCGAAUGCAAAUGAACCUUGCGCUAGCUCCUUCAAUGCCGGCACUUGUGCGCGUAGCCGGUUGUCUACAGGGCGCAGACCUUAUUUAUAUGGGCAAAGAUGCGAACCAGACACUUGUUCUGGGGCGUUUUCAGCCCAAGGCAUCAUCCGAUUCAUCUUGGGAUGAUCGCUGGCAAGCACAGGAGCUGUGGCUGGCGAACGCGCCUCUCCCGUGCGAUGAUGAUCCCGAGGACGCAGCGGGAACGCCACCACAUCCAAAUGCUCCGGAAGCUGCAGCUGCUGGGGCAAGUCGCGACUUGAAAAUCCCGAAUUCGCCAGCUGACCGGGACUCCACCGCUCUAUGGACUAGAGCGCGCAGUAUGCCGGCUCGUGACGCCGAACCCGGUUCUGCAGCUGCUUUCGCGACGGCACCUUCGCCCUGCAGCGCGACAGAUGCCGAGGCCGAAUCUGUGCAUCGCCUGGAGCAGACUGACCUACACCAGGGCAAUGCACCUGCAACGAGCACCGGCAUGCUCACAAUUGCCGCUGACUUGGAGCAUCAGUUCAUGGAGACGGAGCACCUGGUACCUUCCUUGUCUUGGCGCUUUGUCCAGCAGACCGGUGCUCGGACGGCAUUAGUCCAUUUGGGUAAGUUGGACGGUGUCUAUCUCCACGGCUAUUGGAAGCGACUCAUCCCCGAAGUGGAUGCUUUUCUGCAAUCUUUUGUACCGGACGGGCCACCGAGCAUGCCCUCGAUCAUUGAGGUUCGCCUCCAUCGACCACUGUUGCGCUUUCCUGCAGGUCUUGCGUGCAGCGCUGACGAAGCGAAUGCCCUUCAUCUCCGCUGCGGUGGUACGUUGACCUUCCGCCGACGCACUUGUCCGAAAGAGACGCAAGGGAACCGAGCACCAGCUGCGACCGAGGCUACUUGUUCAGCUGGCGUCGUCGAGGUUGAGCAACCGCUUGUGCACUCGUCGUCGUCGUCGUCGUCGUCUAUGUUGGUCGACACUGUACAACAGCCGCUAGCGCAGCAGGAGCCGAAUCAACGCGGCGCUGACGCGGGCGCUUUGGUAGCAUCCGACAAUAUCGACAACGACGACGACAACGACGAUGACAGCGUUCCGUGGCACCUGGAGUCCUUCACGGACCUGGAACUGGUCACCGUGCACCUGGGCGGAGACCUGCACCAGAUCGGAUCGGUGGAGCACUGCCGGCUGUGGAUCACGGAAGACGAGGACACGGGCUGUUCGCGCUUCGCACUCCAGUGCACAGGCGAUGUGGAAACUUGUAUCUGCGAAGCAGACUAUGGCCCGUUUUGGUACAUCGUCUGGAAUAACCUGAACAGCGACGUUCCCUGUCAGGAAUGGGGCAUGCGGAAUCCAGCAGGAGCGGGUUUUGUUCCAUCAGGCACAGCCGAACGCGGUGAGCCCUCAUUAUCGUCGUCGCCUGCGUCGCAGCUACCGCAUUCCACAACAUCGAAUGGCAACGCAUUUGAGAGCACCUGGACAAACGCCGCCGAGCUUCUCGAUCCGUUGCUGUAUCGUUUGGAGGUUUUCCUCCCUUGUUGGCAGGGAUUCUGCAGUCACGGCGAUAACCCGAGUGACGAAUCGACGCGUCUGGUGUGGUUCCAGCUGAAUGAGGUGCACCUCAGUGCCGAUCUGUGGGGCUCUGGCGCCUAUGCGACGUUUUUCUCCGCAACGUCGCUACGCAUCGAAGACGCGCGAUCUUUGAUGAAGGCUGUUUCCCCGUUGUGGCCUUUGGUACGUGAUGCACCCGGUUUGAUCGAAGCAUCCAGAACGAGCGACAAGCACCGCCAGAGCGCCAGGCAGAGUUCGCUAUCCCCGGUACCCGACAUGAGCGAGGAGGCGCGUGCGCGCUGUUCGCGACUGCUCCUGCGCUAUCGACGCCAGGCACCAGACCAGAGGGGUGACCAGCUCACACAUAUCGCCAUGGAUCUACGAUACCUCGAGAUGCUACCGGUUGCGCAGGUAUUGCGAUCGCUUUCGUUCCUGGCGACACCCUUCGGGAAAUUCGAAGCGAUGAGCAGCCCAGUGCCGACACUUGCGUCUUGUCGUCGGCGAGUCGAACGAACCCAGGCCGUCGUCACCUGUUCGGACUGUAGCGUCGUGUUUCCGGCAACACUGGCGGCACUUACCAGUCAAGAACAGGAUGUCAUGGAAGCACAAGGUGAUGUGAUGUUGACCUGCACCUGGCAAACGAAUCCCUCGCAGUUUCAUUACGAAAUGUUUCUGGAUCACUUUCGACUCUGCAUGAAGCGAUACGACCCGUGUCAAAGCCGAAUUCCGCCACACGACAACCGCCUCGUCUCUGGUGUCCGCACGACAUCGACUCCAGGCGCUUCAGACUCGGAGACGAACGCGGACGGUUGCGUGCUGCAGGCUGCUACACUCACCAGUACCAGUGCCAACAGCAAUACAAGUGCAGUGCCGGACGCUGUCGGUGCCGAAACUGGUACUGGUGUUGGUGGCGGAACGCUUGCGCCCUCAGUGGAGCUCGUCUACCCGUGCGCCAUUCGGAUGAUGUACAUCGAUACGGGUGAUCCGGAAAUUCCACCCCAGUUCGACCUCUCGGCGGCGAUGUUGCUGAUGCGCUUCAGUCAACAGGAUCUCGUGCUGAUUGCCCAGAUUGUGGAGGCAUAUCGCCAGCACCCGCACGAGGUUACCGACUGGGAACGCCUUCUCUGGCACGAUGAAGCGGCCGGGGCUGCAGGGGCGCGCCCUCCGAGAACAGGGAGCGCUCACGCUGCUGUCGAGCCAGGGGCUAUCGAGCAUGCGACGCCACUUCAAACUCGACUCGCGUCUAGUAUGUCGCAUACGGAGGGCCGGGUAUUGUCGGCACUAGCGCUGGAGUCGACACCAGGUCCUGCGGUUGGAAAUGAGGCCGCAUCGCAGCCGCUGACUGCGCUGAAUGUUGCUGCUUCUGGCACUGGCCGGCAUCCAGGGCGCAACGACGACGACGACGACGACGACGACGAACAUGGAUCGACACCUGGUACGAGCAGGCGAUCCACAGAAGCAACCGAGAAUCCCUCCAAGGUGCCAGCUUCGACGUUGCCAGAGGCGACGAAUCUCGAAACGGCAUCUGCAUGGCAUCGCUGGGUCAGUGGACGGACGCGUUCAUUGCCUACCAUAUCCCCAGAGGUGAUCGAGGCCGCACUGCGUUCCGCCGAAGCACCCAGCGGCACGGAUGCUGCUAGCACCUUGCAAGCGACUUGGCGACGUCGUGCUGGACGCAUGCACCGACGACUGGAGACGAUAAGCGGCGCGAUGCCUGCAGCAGCAGCAACAGCAACAACAACAACAACAACAACGACCACCACUGGUGCGACUUCAGCAAUACACCCUGAAUCGGCUACCAAGCAUACAAGCAACACCACUGACAAGUCUUCGUCGACGACGAAGACAAAGACGCGGAUCGAGGCCCGCUCGUCUGCCGAACGGCUUGGCGAGGCAGCGCAGGCGUCGAGCACGCCUCGUGCCGCUGCUGGUGCUACUUCAUCAUCAACAUCAGCACCAGCAACCAGAGUGCGUUCGCUGCGGAUUACCAUUCAGGUUGAUACCCUGGUUUGUAUGCUGCUACACGAGGACGCUUGGAGCCAGCCACCGAGUGCAUCGAUGAGGCCCGGGGGCCGCUCCUGGUAUCAGGCAGUGAUAGCGAAUGAGGUCAACGCAAGCGAGUCGCCUAUGGUCAGCUACCUACCCACGGUCGUGCUCUAUGGCGCAUUCUCGGUACAGAGUCGGGAGCCGGCAGUUAGCGAUGCACAAGGCGCUCUCUGUAUCGAUAUCUUCAAUGACUAUUUGGGAGCGUGGGAGCCUCUCGUGGAACACUGUGCUGGCUGUCUGCAAUGGAAUGAGCAGGAGCUGCCGCUCACCGGGGAAGUGUCAGAGCUCGGCGCUGCAGUGCGCUCGACAGGUGCCAGCGCGGACACCGGCACUGCUGCACCAAGUGCCGGUCUGCGUCCUCGACAUCGACUAUGGCAUCUGGUUGUCGCUGACGCCCUCGAGAUGAAUAUCAGUGAGGCCUUUCUACCGGCGCUCGAUAGACUGGCAAAGGCAGUGGAACAGAUCGUACACGACUGGCGUGCAUUGGCGACGCAACCGAAAGCAGGUCCCGAGACGCCAACCAGCACGGUGCACUCGCCAUCGAUGGCACUGCUACCAGUAUCCGAAGCAGCGCUGGUGACAAGGUGCGUAUCCAGCGAGAUGGAUCAUCAGGAAGCACCUGAAGACGUUGGAAUAGCAGCAGCAGCAGCAACAACAACAACAACGUCAGCAGCAGCGCCAAGGAAAAUCGAUGUACAGGAAGCCGGUGAAUACGCUGCAGCAUCCGGAAGAAACAAAACAUCACGCGACAACGGCGAUGCCCCUGACAGAACGGAAGCGGCUGCCGAAUCCUCAUCUCACAGCGUCUGGCUGCCGGAGACCAGGCAGCAGCCGAAUGCCGGACCUGGUGUGCGUCGUCACCCGCGUCCAACGUUGGCAGCCCUGGUGAUUCACAACUGUACCGGUCUACCUUUGCUGAUAGAAUCGAAAGCGUUGCGAACACGUAAGCUUGCACUGAGCUCUAUGGCUGUCGAGGUGCGGCUCACCGAUCUCUACACGGAUACGAAUCUCGAGUCGUCGGAGCACUUCCAGGCCUGGCGCUCGCAUUUGACAAAAAUGCUCGAUACAUUGCGCGCUUCCGCAGCAAAGAACGUUUUGUUUCCCGGCAGCGCCAGCUCUGACGAACUAGCAAAGAGCACCGCUUCGGGCGACGGAGCACGCGCAACACGAAAGCGUUCCCCCGACAUGCGCGUGAACCGGAACGCCGCUCCCGAGCCGAUGGGCACUGGCCUAUUUCGACCGCUUGCUGCGGGUCUUGCGGAUUGUGUACUGCGGAUCGCUGGCUUUCAUCCGGUUCGCGUGAACACUUGUCAUUUCGGCACACAGACCUACACGCUGGAACCGGACACGAGUGCAUCGGGCCUCGAGUUGACCGCUGCCUCCGCAGAGUGCUUGCGCUCAUGUACCCUGAUAUGGGAACUUGGUGUCCUGAAUGGAGCCAUCACGGGGGUGGCACGUUCCCUGCUUCGUUUCACGAACCAGCUUCAGGUCCCGCUACAGAUUCGCUACGAAAUGGCCACGCCAGCGGCAGCGCUUAUCGAUUGGUCGCGGAGCCUGCAUCCGGGAGCAGUUGCGGAUAGUCCACGGGUGGCGCUUUUGGCACCCGGCGAGUCGUGGUCACCACCGCUGCUGGCGCGCCUGGAUCGGCUGCAGGUGCGGCCCUGGUGUCGCCGGUGGUGCUUGCCGGUACCCGCGACGCAGUCGAGCGCUUCCCAGGGGGCAGCUGACGACCCCAGAAUCGAGACCAGUGGCCACCUGUCAGCUGAUCAGUCGCUCGAUACCUCCAUCACAAGUUCCUUUGGUGACUCGGAAGCGACCUGGUCGGCACCGUUGCCAGACGUGAGCACGCUCCGGAUGCUGGUUGCCGAGUCCUACCAGCGACGCAAGCGCAUGCGUACCGUCGGUGCCGCUGCCUCAGCUUCGACCGCUGGAGGUGCGGCGGAAGUGCUCAUGGCGCAGCAACGCUCGAGUUUGUUGACGUUACAGGGCGCGCGGCUCGGUUCACUGCCGUUUCAUGUGGACUUGAUUCCCCGUAUCAGCUCGUAUGCACGCUUCUCGCCAAUGCAGCACGACUGGGUGGAUUUGUGCUUUCGAGCGCCGCUGGUGCUUGCCAAUCUGUUGCCAAUAGCGGUCGUGAUUCGGCUGCAUCGUGCUGGAAGCAGUACACCACUGUGGACGAGCGGGAUACUCGCGGCCGGUCAGUCCGCUGCCGUCCAUAUAACCCGUAGUCUGAACGGACUAUUUUUCUCGGUAGCUCUGGUGCAUCUCAUCAACACGAAUAGUGCCUUGGCAUCUGAUUUGGCCGUACAGCGGAAUGCGCCCAUUUCCCGAGAAUGCGACGACGCUCCGGACGAGACAGCGGACUCACGCUAUUCCACGGACUCGGAGCGAGUCGACGCUGAAUGCAUCUGGUCGGAGCCUAUACGUUUGCCACCGAAAUGGCCCUGCGAGGGCUCUUUUCUCUGCCCGCGCGUGUUCGACUGGACCAUGCUAACGUUCGAGGGUACCUGGGAGACACCAGCUCUGGAUCCGCAUGCGGUUACGGUGCCGGUGGCGAGCCAGCGCCUCCAGCUCUCCGCGAGCUGCUGGUUACAAAAUCGCUCUGACUGUGCGCUCUGCAUUGAUCCGGGGUUUGUCGGGGAUCGUCUGCCCACUAGAGGUCUCACUCAGCGGCGAAAAGCAAGCGCCCUGCGUCAGCACGCCCGGGAGCGCAGUUCUGGCGCCGACUCGAUCAUGUCCGCCAAGGCGAGCAUCGACAGCGAAUCCACAGCGGCAGCGUGCGCCCCGGACGAGCGCUUCAUCCUCCUCAAUGCCUGGAUCGAAGGCCAGGUGCCGGAGCCGUAUCUUCCGCUCGCUGUGCAGAGCUUUCGUCUUGCCGUCAUUGAGCAGCAGCUGGGAACUUGGUCAGAUCCGAUCUUCGUUCGAGACCUGGAUCAGGUACAGGUGCUGAACCUGCCGGAACGAGUUCUCGUCCUGAGUAGCCGCCCGGUGAGUGAUCCUUUUGGGAACAGCCUUGUUCUGAGCAUUCAUAAUGUGGCGCGGAUUGUGAAUCGCACGCCACUUCCCUUUGAAUACGUCCAGACGCUGCAGCAUUUGCACGUAGAGACGCUUCUGGAAGGUCGCCCGUCCGCCACCGUUGGCCAGGUACACUCGCUAGAUCCUGGUGCAAGUGCCGCACUACACUGGGAACUGGCGGAUAUGGAGCGGCAUGGCGUAUUACGCAUCCGACCCGCUGGCGAUGCGCUGCCUGCAGUGGCGAAGGCUGGCACGCGAGUCAGCGCUGGUGACGCAGCUGGCGGCCUGCUCCAGCGGACAAGCGCGCGCGUGAAGGCGCACACGCCGAGCGCAUCUGCCGCUGCCGACGCAGCAACCUGUUCACAGCAGCAGCAGCAGCAGCAGCGUCGACGUCGCCAUUCUCCAGCAGCAGCGCGCGUCCCUGAGGAUGCCGACUCGCCAGCAGCGGCAUCUGGACGAGCACCCUCGCCGUGGCUAUGGAGCUGCGGGAUUCCCAUCGGCAUGACAGGGCAUUACGCACUGAAACUGUACCGUCCCGAUACGCUGCACCAGUACAUCGCGAAGCUGAGUUUGCAACCCAGUCCUGACGGUGUUUGGAUGGUGAUUUUGGAUCCCGAGGAUCCCGAGCACCCGCCGAUGCGUCUCCAGAAUAUCUGCACCCGCUACGCUGUUGCAUACCGUCAACUGGACGCGAGUCGGCGCUUUUGGCUGCUGCGUCCUGGUUACGCAGCACGCUACGCCUGGGAUAAUCCCUUCACGUUUCCCAAGUCCCGUCGACUAUUACUGGAAGUCGAAGAGACGCGAUUCGCCUUGGCUCUAGAUGGACUCGGGGAAUGCGUCGCUGUCCUACCCCUUGGGCCGCACUGUCCGUCGUUGCAGGUUGCCAUAUCCUUGGAUGGUCCGACCAAGGUCAUUACACUGUACGAUGAUCGCGAGAUUUUUCAUCUCUUUCGUCAAGGUAUCGUAGCGGAUGCACUUUUGGUAGCACGCGCAGCGGCCCAAGCGACUGGACGUGCACAAGCGGCAACAGCGCCGGUACCGGUCGCGCUGUCGCACCGCCGCCCUUGGCUGAUGCGGCAACAGAGGCGCAGCUCUUUGCGUUGGUUUCGCCGCUACGGCUUUGUGCGACCCAGUUGGCCCGAAGAGAAUGAGGUUGACUCAGAUGCCUUCCAGCACUUGGAUUUCUUCUUUGAGCUUGAGCGGAUCGGGGUGUCGUUUCUGACCAUGGAACCGGCCGAAUUAGCGUAUUUGACCUGUCAUCGCUUACGUGGCGGCUAUACUACGGAUUACAAAGGAUGUGCGCUGGAAGUCGGCAUCGAACGCAUCGAAUUGGAUGAUCAGCGCAGCAGCUGUGUACAUCCCAAGGUUUUGCGUGUGCAGCCACAGCGCCUGAGACCCUCACAUGCCGCUGAAUCGACAACCAGCGCGAAGGACGAUAGCGCAGCGGCAUCAACGAGACCAGCAGCAGCAGCAGCAGCAGCAGCAGCAGCAGCAGCAGCAGGGACAAGAACUGCAGUGCCUAGGGAACCAGCAGACGCGCGUCCAUCGCUCUCGCGUGGCCGCGUGUCUGCUGCAGAGGAAGCUCUCUACCCAGCGCUCUAUCUAUCCUUCGAGCUUGGAGCGCCCUACAGCGGCGACGUAUGGAAUGUUCGCUUCGGUUAUGUGGCGCUUCAGACCAUCGAAUUAUGCCUCGAGGAGGGUUUCAUUCGUGCAGCCUGGCCCUUUCUCCAGUUGCUUGUCGCCAAUGACGUCGACGAGCCCGAGCACGCUGUCACUAGAGACAUCUCGACGGUGCCGCCAGCGUCCGCAUCCGAGCCCGGCCGUCAGAUCUAUUUCGAAUACCUGUUGGUGAACCCGCUGACGCUGCGUGUGAGCUUCUUCAUCAGCCCUAUCGCAUCGCAAUCUGCUGAACAAGACGUCCCUCCAUAUGCACGCUCCGUGCCGAGUGUGCAGUUGACGCCCUUGAACGAAAUCCAUGGAUCACGCUUCCGCGCCGGUAACGCAACGACAGGCGCUGGGCUGGAAUUCGAUACCCCUGACGCAAACUCUCCAAGCACGAGAGACGCAACGCAGCAGCAGCAGCAGCAGCAGCAGCAGCAGCAGCAGCAGCAGCAGCAGCGCGCACAACCGGCCCCGUCACAUCCGGCGAGCGAUGGUGCAUUGGUACUGGCACCUGAGCGAAGCUCCGUAGAGACGGCUCCUGCUGGAAACCGACAGGCGUCGCCAGAGCGUUCCAGACAGCACAGUCGUGCACUCGACCGAGGACGGGACGCCAGUGACACGUUUUCGGCAUCUGCCUCGGCAGCGGUGCAGCACUCGCUGAGUCGUCGAAUUGGCUCUGGAACAGGUGCGCUCGCUGGGGGCCAUGUCUUGCACACAGGCUCGGAGCAGAGCGUUCGCCUGGGUGGCGGCGGAAAUCGUAGCGUUCGCGGGUACCGCACCAUUCUACGUCCAUUACUUGCAGCACUGGGAACCGUCGAAGAUGCAUCGCUCAGUGCGCGUGCGCUCCUCCUGGAACAUUAUCUGGAUUCGGUGGGUCACUGGCUAGAGUUCAUCCAGGAAUUCUAUCUGCUGCAGUUCAGGGCGUCGCAAUUGCAACUGCUAGCAUCCAGUGAUCUGCUGGGCAAUCCGACGCGUUUGCUUGAUUCGGUAGCAGAGGGAGUUAGCGAGAUCUUCGAGACACCGCGCCAAGCAACCUCCAGUUACGACCUGUUGCUGCGCCUCAGUCGCGCGAACAUGGGCCUCUUCACCAACUCGGUGCGGGGUCUCUUUCGGACUGUGUCGGCGGUCUCUGCGUCGUUGUCACGCGGCCUCACUGCCAUGACCGGUGACUCGCAAUAUAUUCAGAAACGCGAGGAACGCCGACGGGAUGCGCCGAGUUCUGUAGCCGGUGGUCUGCGCAAAGGACUCGUCUCUUUCGGCUAUGAAAUGCGAACCGCGGUAACCGGGCUGGUACGCGAGCCGUACCGUGGCGCACAGGCGGGCUCGGUUUCGCGAGGCAUUCGCCGCGCUCUCGUGCAGGCAGUAAUCCGCCCUGCGAAUGGUUUCCUGGACCUCAUCAUGCAUCCAGCAGCGAGCCUUGGUGCUCGUCCACAUUACCAGCGUCUGCCGGCCGGGAGACGGGUCCGGCCGCCGCGCUGCUUUGGACCUGGCCUUCGACUUGUGCCCUACUGCUUCGAGGAUGCACAAGGCAACGAUCUAUUGUGGCGUCUGUUGGUGCGCAAAGCGACCUCAUCGGCGAGCGACCCGUACCCGAACCUCGAGUUCUACGUGGGUAUGGUCCGCGUAAGCGCGUCAGCGAUCUACGAAGCAGCACCUCCGCAGAGCUCGACUGCAGCAGCCACUCGCGCCUUUGCACUGGAGCGGCUCCCAUUGGGGCCGCGUUACGGUGUGGUGCUCGUAUCCACCGAGUCCAUUUACGGUCUCGUGGUUCAUUCCGAGCGUCCGAGCAAAUUUCAGUCCAUCUGGCAGGUUCCCUGGUCGGAAGUGGUGCAGGUUGUCGAGAGCCUGCCCGCGAGUCCCGCCGUGGUCAAGGUACUUCAUUCAGCAGCACCAUCAUACCAUCGUUUUUGGCAGCGCAUUCGCAAUCGUUAUGCGAUGGAGCGGGUUCAGCGGCUCAGCGAAGAGCUCGAAAAACGCCAGGAACGCGUCAAAGCUACAAAAGCUGCCGCGACGCCAGCCACUCCACGGACAGCGGCUCUGGCGCGCAGUCAGCGCAGUGCAGCGGUGCAGCAACUGCGCAUCGAGUGCGCGUCCAUUGCUCAGCGGGAUGAAUUGCUUCAGAUGUUGCGGCAAGUGUUCUGUACGGUUGCCCGUGGCCGACUGUUGACGAGUCAGGCGUCAAUGGCGCCACCGUCGCCCGGUUGCACGUUCCGUCUGGACGCUGCCGGAAAGCGCGAAACCGAAUCGCGUCCUUCUACGGACGCUCUAUCGAUAGCAACCGUAGCUGAUCAGCAUGAACGGAGCACGCUCUACUCCAGCGGAUCGGCAAAGCCUCGUGCCGCGAAUACGAAUGUAUCCAAUUUUAAGAGCGGGCUGCCGCCGGUGGCCAGUACAUCGGCACCGCCACUGGUGCGCUCAGGCCGGGUAGAGUCAGAGCCAGAUGCACCGGAACCGGGCUCGAUUUCUGCCGGCAUUGCCGACGUUAUGAGCUCGGAAAACGCCCACGGACUGUCCGCGAGCAGUGGCAGGUCGGAUGGUGAGAGCCUCAGUCCAGUGGUGCGCGUGUCAGCGUGCGCUACUGCUUCCGUUGCGGGGCCAGAGCGGGGCGUUGCAGCCGAAUGCUCCGCACAGCCGCCAAUUGAGACACCAACCUGGUACGCGCUGGACAGCUCCCAGCCGCCGCUUCCAUUAGCGGAAUCGACUGGCGGGACGGGGGUCGCUUCUGGUGUUGUUGGAGUCCCCGUCGCGAACACAAUGGGAUGCGUGAUUGAGAACCGGUCCGACACAACCUUUGUUCUGGUUUGGCAGUAUCUUGAUGGAGGAUUCUUCCUGCAGGAAGCGCCGCCAACGAUCUAUGCGCAAUCACGAGCGAAAUUUGUGAUCUACCGCGCGGCACAACCGCCCAAAAGACGGUCACCGUUGCGGCGGCAGCGGCAACGUCAGCUGGAGCAACAUCUGCCAGCAACGUCGUUCGAGUCCGCUGCCAUUGCCACUGGAGCGUUCGCAGCGCCCGGUGCAGUGCGCGGUUCCAGCGACGUAGCGCCGGACAUGCCUCGAAGCUCAGAUACGGCGCUCGUUCCUGAGCAGCAUUUGCGUGCUCGUCAGGUGCAGCGGCAGCGGCGUCGCGACCAGCUGGGCCUGCGAAAGCUCUCUGGCAUUAUCCUGUACGCAUUGGCAGAUCCCGAUGACCAGCAAGCGAUCUACGAUGAGCGUCGCUGGAUAACGCUCGAGUUUGGCGUUUCGCGUCGUGCGGUGCCGCGCGCGCAUGUGCGCUGUCCACCGCCCAUGGUCUCGACGCUGCUAUUCCAGCGAGCGGCGAGUGCGCUGCAAAUGCUGUGCGUGCUUGAGGCAAUGGAGACGCCAACGAAAACGGAUCGCUCGACAGCGUCAUUGCCGACGUCAGGGGCGCUGAGCUCAUCAGCUGCUGACGCCGCAGGACGUGCUUCAACGAGCUCGGAACGGAGUCUCCGUUGGCGAAAACGCAGCCCUGCGGCUCGGAGAGAGAGGCUGCAAAAUGCCCGAAUAGUUGCAUCGGAGGCGGCGGUUCAGAGCCAUCACGACGCUGCUUCAGUCUUGUCGUCGACUUCGUCUGAUUCCGACGACAUUGAUGUGGAGAGGAGUGUCCUCGAGAGCUAUGAACCCAGCACGAUUAUGGGGCCGCCCGAGUCGCACAGCAUGGCCACUCGAGUGGCCGCGUCUGACGACCCGGUGUUGCCCGCGCCUGCAAGUCGCGAGCCCGAGGCGUCAAGGCCGCGUUCGCGCAGCCACUCGCGCCCCGGAGAGCGCCUCCGAUCAUGGCUGAGACGGCGCGGCGCUGCUGGAGCCUCAGCCACUGUCCCUAGCCGGUUGGAUAAGCUCGCAAAUACCCAAUCGGCUCGUGAGGGGACUGCGACCGCCGGCCUUUCGCUGACGGCGUCACAGGCGUUGACCACAGCAGCAUCCCCGGACUGCACGGCACUGAAUUACGAAAAGGGUGUCGGCGAGCGUGAGCCAGACCUCCAGCGACAGUGUGACCGCGCACUACAAGCGACAGCAGCUGUAGAAGAAACAGAAGCAGAUGAAGCAAACGCGCGGGCUCCGGAGGGUUGCACCAUCCGCGUUGCUGCCGAGGUUCACAGUGACUCUGAGGACGGCUAUUUAGACGCACCACUGGCACUCGAAGAUGCCGACCCCAUGUAA